CACAGCGGGGCCCCUCCGCGGGGCAGAGCGCGGCGGGGAGACUUGAGGAAGGGGUCGGCGUGAUGGUGUGACGGUCCUUGGAAACUGUGCACAAGUAGCGUUGCUAAUGCAUCCGUGCGACAACCUCUUAGGAAUCUCCUGGGUUGACAGCUCCUGGAUUCCAAUAUUAAACAAUGGGAGUGUGUUGGACUAUUUCUCAGAGAGAAGUAACCCAUUCUAUGACCGAACAUGUAACAAUGAAGUCGUCAAAAUGCAGCGGAUGACCUUGGACCAUUUGAACCAGAUGGUUGGAGUGGAGUACAUCCUUCUCCACGCUCAAGAGCCCAUUCUCUUCAUUAUCCGAAAGCAGCAAAGGCAAUCUCCAACACAAGUUAUUCCAUUGGCUGACUACUAUAUUAUUGCUGGAGUGAUUUAUCAAGCACCUGACUUAGGGUCUGUCAUUAACUCCAGAGUUCUCACUGCAGUGCACGGAAUUCAGUCUGCUUUUGAAGAAGCUAUGUCUUACUGUCGCUAUCACCCAUCCAAGGGCUACUGGUGGCAUUUUAAAGAUCAAGAAGAAAGAGAGAAAGCUAAACCAAAAGCCAAAAAGAAAGAAGAACCAAGUUCCAUUUUCCAAAGGCAACGGGUAGAUGCUUUGCUUUUAGACCUAAGACAGAAGUUUCCACCCAGGUUUGUUCAGCAAAAGCCCGGAGAAAAGCCUAUCCCAGUGGAUCAAAUCAAGAAGGAACCAGAACCAGCCCCUGAAACUGUCAAGCCAGAGGAAAAAGACACUGUAAAGAAUGCCCAGCAGAGUGCUGCUGCUAAAGGACCACCUGAAAAACGAAUGAGGCUCCAGUGAAGGGAGAAGUUGUACUUCUGGAUUCGUCAUUACCUGGAAAACAGGAGAUUCUUGCUCCCUUUUCUUUAUGUUUAAGCUCUUCCACUGAGGCUGACAAUUCAGGAACCAAAGUCCCUGUAACAGCUUUUUCUGUAGAAACCUCUCAUGCAGAUGUUAAUGUCAGGAUGUGAGCUGCCUCAAAGAAGGUGUUUUCAGUCUCCAUGGUUUUUUGAAUGUUGGCUUCUGAGCAUGGUUUUUACAUGGACAUAUUUAGCAACCUCUUGAAAACUUCACAAACUCUUGCAUCCUUUGUGUCUAAGUUUCCCAUGUAAAAAGAAAAAACUUUUAUAUAUAUAUAUAUAUAAAAUCAGAAUUCUUGGCAAAUAAAACUCCUGGCUGCUGGGAUGCCUUUCUUAGAUGCAUACUUUGUUAACAGCAAAUACACCAUGUGUACUGGCAGCAUUAUUUUUGCUUGGCUACUGGAAUAUAUUUUGAGGAGGAAAAGUUCAUCUAAAGGAUUUAGGCUGCCUGCUAUAAAUUGCUGUGCCUUUAGUAUGCUUGGGAUAAAGAUAAAAGAUUUGAUAACUGGAGCCUCAAAUCCGUGUAAUUAAGUGUCAGACUGCACUCGGUCUCCAAAUGUUCUUUGGCAGUCAUUUUACUUAUAGGUUAAACUGACACUUUAUUAUAAAAGCCAGUGUUCUGUGAGAGAGAUUCGUAACAAAACAGGAUAAAAUUUCUUGCUGUGGCACACUCAGCGAAGCUGUUUAUAUUUCUAAUUUUUCACUCUAACUCAAAUAUAUCAAUUACAUCUCUUCCUCUGUGCUCCUAGCACUUCCUUGCUCCUUGAUUAGACAUCAUCCUUUUAGACCUGAGGAGGUAGGGCAGUGGAAGAGAAACACCACUGACAGCUAUAUGCUUAUUGAAGCAUAUUUAUUGCACAAACCUUUUUUUUUAAUUGAAAUAAUGGAGCAAUCCUCAAAAUAGCUUGCUUGCUUUCCACAACUGUUACCUUCUUUCCUGUAGUAAACUGUAGUAAGCAAGAAAAAGCUUUGUACAUAGCAACCAAAAUGUAGAUAGGAAGGAAGACUAAGAUAUGCUUAGAUGGCUGUGCCAAAUUUAUUUUCAGGUUACAAGAUACUCUUUUUCUGUUUUAGUAACUUAGCUACCCAGUCAGAGCUAUUUAUUACUGAAUGGUAGAAUGACCUGUCAGAACUAUUUAUUAUUGAAUGAUAGAAAGACCCAUGUCAUUUUUGUCCUGUAAUCCCAAGAUGUAAUGUUAAAGAUGUAGAUAAGCCAAUAGCUGUUCUCUGCUGAAGCAGAUACAGAUCUGAAAUUCAUAUAUAGGUGUACUUCAGUGUGUAUUAGGUUUAUUUCAUGCCUAGGUCAGAUUUGAACAGCUAUUUAUCCAAAUGUUGAUGGAAGUAGAUAAUAAGCUAGUGUGAACUAUUAGGUCAAGUGAAAAUAUAGAAAGCAGUUAUUCUGGGAUGCUUAAAACAAGACAGAGCUAAUUGUUCAGCAUUGAAUCAUGACAAGGUGGUGCGAAUAUCCUUAGAACAAAAGGGUGUUGGUUCCUUCUUUUAUUAAAGAAAUUCCUCUGAAAGCAAGUACCUGAAGAAGCACCAAAGCCAUCGUCUCAUCUACCCCAGUGAUGGAAAGGAGGGAUCUCCAGAAAUAAGACCUGAAUGGUGAGGAACCUCAGGAGUCCUUGCUGUUGAUGUUCAGAAUGAAGUCCUUGGAAAUGUCCAUUUGAGGAGCUGAGGGACCUGUAUGUAAUUUGGAAAAACUUAAGCAAGAAAGAUAACUAGACUGCAUUGUAAUGAAGAUCUAGGGUGUUAGGCUUUGGUUGUGGGGGGUUUCUUUUGGUUCUUUUUAUUGUUGUUGUUGGUUGGUUGUUUGUUUGUUUUAAUGGAAAAAAAUUAUCUAUUUGUAUACCAAGGAAAUAUUUACCACUACUAGCAGAAGAAAGAUACCUUGCUGAAGAGAUGUACAGCUGUGGUAAAAAAUGGAUGGUAGAGCAUAGUAUGAGCAAAGUAUUCUAUCAGCCACUGGACUUUACCUGAAAUAAAGUGUAUUGUACAGCUC